AUGGCAGGGAAUACCAUCCUGCUGGCUGUUGUCUCUUCUUUCUCUACCUGUCAGCAAAACUAUUUUGCUCUUCAGGUUGGAAAGAUGGGAUUAAAAUGCAGGAUCAUUCCCUCAGCAGUCACUGGGUCACCAAAGUUCGAGAGAAUGUUUCGUGCACAGCAAAACUGUGUGGAGCUUUAUCCUGUGUUCUUGAUUACAUUGUGGAUGGCGGGAUGGUACUUCAAUGAAGUUUUUGCCGCUAUUUUGGGACUGGUGUACAUAUAUGGCCGUCACAAGUACUUCUGGGGAUAUUCAGAAGCUACUGAAAAAAGGAUGAGUGGUUUGGAGCUGAGUCUGAACGUUGCUCUGUUGACUGUGCUCAGCAGCCUGGGGAUUGCAAACUGCUGUCUGGAAGAGUACCUGGACCUCCAUAUUACCAAGAACCUGAGGCGGCCCUUCUAG